CUCCAGCAACAUCACCGAACCCAAAACCCCAACCUCAAAAGGCCACCUUCAACCUGUGUUCAAUGAUAAUUCGCCGAAAUAUAUUUUGUCCUCUACUGGUCCGGAUGUUCGACACCCUUCCUUAGUCUUUCACACUCAUCAACGGGUGACCCGUCCAUCUGGUGACUUCUACAGCGAACAUUUGACUACACCCAUCCUGGUUGCUUACGGGUUUCGAUAUCGACUGGCGACAAUUGAACGGAACCUUACUCGAAGAACACGUCUCAGCGAUCUAGCAGAGGACAGGAUAGAUUAAGGACAUACAUUAUACGUUACAACCAUAAGCAGCAUACUGCUAUAUUGUCAAGGGGGAAAGCAGUGUGCGAAUGAGGGGAAUCUAUCCAAACAUCCUAUGACGGAAGCCUCUACAGCUCACACCAUGAGUGAGCUUCAAAAGCAGUGGGCAAAGGCGAGGCUCGGCAGCCAGGCGCUGGGGCAGCCGCCAGCAGAGAUGCCGAUCACAACUACGAUGCCCGAGUUCAACGAGGCGGACGAAGACAAAGAAAUGGCGGGGCCCAGUCCAGGCGGAUUUCCCUUUGACGACGACUCCUCGUCAGCGUCGUCUGUUUCAUCUACAGGAACUGUGAUUCCUUCUCCAGGGAGAGCUCUGUUUGCGCGACCACAGGGAUUUGCCAGUCGAUCCAUGGAUCCUAUACCCUGGACAACUUACUUUGAACGAGAACUCUUUCUCAAGGAGGAAGCUGGACCCGACAGUGGAAGCCGCACCAGCAACAAGAACAAGCCAACAUCAAUAACCUACCACGCCUACCUCACCUCGCCAGUCGGCAAAGGUCCACUCUUCGUCACGCACCAUGGCGCCGGUUCCUCCGGCCUCUCCUUCGCCGUCCUCAGCUCCGAGAUACGCAAACGUCUACCCAACGCCGGCAUCCUCUCCCUUGACGCACGCGGCCAUGGCUCAACCACGGUUACUGCCGCUUCUUCAGUUCCAGGUGAAGGAGAUGAGACCACAGGACAAGCACCACCGCCGCUAGACCUCAGCCUCUCCACCCUUGCCUCCGACCUCUUCACCGUCAUCCAACUCACCCGUACCGCCAUGCACUGGCCCGAACUCCCACCCAUCAUCCUUGUAGGUCACUCCCUCGGCGGCGCCGUCGUCACCGAGCUCGCCAAAUCCUACCGUCUCGGCCCUUCCCUCCUCGGCUACGCCGUGCUAGACGUAGUCGAAGGUUGCGCCAUGGACGCCUUACAAAGCAUGCAAACCUAUCUCUCCACACGGCCGCAAGGGUUCGCCAGUCUGAAGGACGGCAUCGACUGGCACGUGCGGUCGCGGACGAUCCGGAACUCGACGUCAGCCAGAACAAGCGUACCCGGGCUUUUGGCGCCCGUGGAGGAGCUGCAGAGGCCGGAGCUGCAACAACUGCCAAGAGGGGUAGCGGGGACGCAGGGGACGGCGAAGCCGUGGCGGUGGAAGACAGAUUUGGCGGCGACGCAGCCAUUCUGGGAAGAUUGGUUUGUGGGGCUGAGCAAGAAGUUUUUGGAGGCCAGGGGGGGCAAGAUGUUGUUGCUUGCGGGAACGGAUCGGUUGGAUACUGAGUUGACUAUUGGGCAGAUGCAAGGUAAAUACGCCUUGCAAGUGUUUCCCGAAGCGGGACAUUUCAUUCAUGAGGACUUGCCGGAGAAAACGGCGAUUGCACUUGUGGACUUUCACCGGCGCAACGACAGGAGUCAAUUAGUACUCCCACCCAAGGUCUCGGAUCUAUUGGCUCAGGGGAAGAAAGUAUAGAUCAUACUGCCAACAGUUGAAGAACGGGGGAAUGGCGUUAAGCGUUCCCCGAGUAGGUAAUGACAAUUACGCACAAAGAAAGAGGGUAGAAAAAGUAUGCGUAGCGCACACGUACACACCCCUUGCUCAGAGUGAACACAGCGAGGGCCGGUACAUCAAUUGUUGUUACCGCUCAAUUGAGGAAAAUUCAGGAUUUCAAAAAAAAAAAAAAAAACGGAAACAAUCUGUUAGAGGCAAGCGUACCCGUAGAACCAUCCAGAAUUUGUCAAGUAUGACAUUACCUGAUAGACAACUAGGUACAAAUGAAUGUGCU